CCAGCCUCAAGCUGGUGAAGCUGGCUGUCGUGAUUCGCACAUGGCGGGCACGAUCGCGCUCUCAGCGGAGUAAAAUGGAGCAAAACGCCGUGCGCUCCGAGUCGCGAGUCCGUUAAUGUCCAUCCCUGGUCCGGCAUAUAUCCGGCCGUCGUCGCCCGUCGCCGUCCUCAUCGUCCCAGUCGUGAUGCUCGUCGAGCCGGCUCCCGGCCACGCACGAGCGAGGCGCUGCGACAGUUGAGGCCCACCAAAUCUCACUGAAACCGAACCCACUGCCGACGGCCGAAAUUCGAGUCGACCGAGUCCCGGUCGAGCGCGCUAUCGGGGAACGGGCGUCGCAUGACGCGAUAAGGAUCGCGCGGCGAAGACGCGUUGUCCUUGCACCGCUCGACGAUCGGCGACGAAUGGACGCGGCGCGCCGCGUCCGCUGCAACACCGACACUUAGCGGUAUACCCGCACCUUCGGACGUGUUGUUUCUCGUAUUUCGGACGACGCGCGUCCUAGUCGUGUAUCAAUCGCCCGGUGGGCAGGAUGGCGAACACCGGGGUGCUGCCGUUCGUGCGAGGCGUCGACUUCAGCAGCAACGACUUCGGCGAUGGCAAAUUUCCUGAAUCCGUGCGUCUCAUGACUGGAAUACAAUGGCUGAAAUUAGACAAAACAAAUUUGACGGAGAUCCCCGAGGAGAUGGGCAAAUUGUUGAAAUUGGAACAUCUGUCACUUGUCAAAAACAGGCUGGAACGUUUGUACGGAGAAUUGACAGAAUUGAACUGUCUCAGGACACUGAACAUAAGGCAUAAUAAUAUCAAAUCCAGUGGUAUCCCAGCAGAGCUGUUUCAUUUAGAGGAACUGACAACCUUAGAUUUAAGUCACAACAAUUUAAAGGAGGUACCUGAAGGCCUAGAAAGAGCACGUUCCUUGCUCAAUCUUAAUUUAAGCCAUAAUCAUAUCGAAACCAUACCAAAUACGUUGUUCAUCCACUUGACUGACUUAUUGUUCUUGGAUCUUAGUCAUAACAAGCUAGAAACAGUGCCACCGCAGACUCGACGUUUGGCUAAUCUACAGACUUUAAAUCUGAAUCAUAAUCCUUUAGGUCAUUUCCAAUUAAGACAAUUGCCAUCCUUAAUGAAUUUAACGACGUUACAAAUGCGGGACACACAACGAACAUUGAAUAAUAUACCUUCUAGUCUAGAAACGCUAACUAAUUUGCAAGAACUCGAUUUGUCGCAGAAUAAUUUACCCCGAGUGCCUGACGCGCUUUAUUCCUUGGCGAAUUUGCGCCGUUUAAAUCUGAGCGACAAUCAAAUAAUGGAAUUAUCAACAGCGAUCGAAUUGUGGACGAGGUUGGAGACUCUGAACGUGUCGCGAAACAAAUUAAGUGCAAUACCAGCCGCUGUGUGCAAGAUUUCCACAUUAAGAAGAUUGUAUUUGAACGAUAACGAAUUAGAUUUUGAGGGCAUACCUUCUGGAAUAGGAAAAUUAUCGUCUUUGCAGGUUUUCUCUGCUGCUAAUAAUCAUUUAGAAAUGAUACCAGAAGGAUUAUGCAGAUGUGGCGCAUUGAAGCAAUUAAUAUUAACGUCAAAUCGAUUAAUUACCGUGCCGGACGCUAUCCAUCUUCUCACCGAUUUAGAACAGCUGGAUUUGCGGGACAAUCCAAAUUUAGUGAUGCCACCAAAACCAACAGAAGUACAAAGGGGAUCGGGCAUCGAAUUUUACAAUAUCGACUUCUCGUUGCAACAUCAGUUGCGUCUUGCCGGUGCUAAUGUACCAGCUCCAGUUCAAGCUGCUAACAGUAAAGAUCCAAUCGCGCGUAAAAUGAGGUUGAGAAGAAGGAGGGAUCAAGAGGAGGCUGAUCAAGAUCAGGCCAAAAUUCUCAAGGGCAUGAAGGACAUAGCGAAGGAGAAGAACAAGGAUAAGGAAUGCGAGGAAUCGAAAGCAGAAUCCUUGAAACCUAAGCGAUGGGAUGAAGCUUUAGAGAAGCCGCCGCUGGAUUAUUCCGAGUUCUUUGACGAAGACGCUGGUCAAAUACCGGGUUUGUCGGUCUGGGAGAUAGAGAACUUUCUGCCGAACGAGAUCGAGGAGGUGGCGCACGGCAAAUUUUACGAGGGCGAUUGUUACAUUAUCCUGAAAACCGGGAUAGAUGAAGGUGGAUCAUUGUCGUGGGCGAUCUAUUUCUGGAUCGGAGAAAAAGCGACAUUAGAUAAAAGAGCGUGUGCGGCGAUUCACGCCGUAAAUCUGAGGAAUUAUUUAGGCGCACAAUGUCGGACAAUCAGGGAGGAGCAGGGGGACGAAUCGGAUGAAUUUCUGAUGCUGUUCGAUUCGGGUAUCACCUACAUCGAGGGCGGUCGCACAUCGUCCGGUUUUUACACAGUGGAAGAUACACCAGCGAUUACUCGUCUGUAUAGAGUGCACGCGGCGGGAGCUUCUAUACAUUUGGAACCAGUUCCAGUCUGUGUCGAGUCUCUGGAUCUCGGUUACGUAUUUGUUCUCGACACGGGGAAUAAGAUAUUCAUGUGGUAUGGAAAGAAAGCGAAGAGUACGUUGAAGUCAAAAGCGCGGCUGAUGGCGGAAAAAAUUAAUAAGAACGAACGGAAAAAUAAAGCUGAGAUUCUAACGGAAGUCAUGGGUGCCGAGUCCGAAGAUUUCCUGUUACACUUAGGGGUGGAGGAACACGAACAGAAAAAUCUGCAAAUCAUUGAGCACGUGGAUCCAAAUUUUGUACCUCUCGUACCCAGAUUGUAUCAAGUUCAACUCGGAAUGGGCUACCUGGAAUUACCGCAGAUCGAGGUUCCUCAUGGAAAAUUAACGAAUACCUUGCUAAACAAUCGCAAUGUGUAUAUAUUAGACUGCUAUUUAGAUCUAUACGUUUGGUUUGGUAAAAAAUCAACGAGAUUAGUACGCGCCGCUGCUGUAAAGCUAUCUCAAGAAUUAUUCAACAUGAUAGAGAGGCCAGAAUAUGCGAUGGUAACGAGAUUGCAAGAGGGUACUGAAUCACAGAUCUUCAAAUCUAAAUUUACCGGAUGGGACGAAGUAAUUGCCGUGGACUUCACUAGGACAGCUGAAUCAGUCGCUAAAACUGGGGCGGAUCUCACUAAAUGGGCUAAGCAACAAGAAACAAAAGCGGAUUUGGCUGCUUUAUUCAUGCCGCGACAACCAUUGAUGUCGGCUGCGGAAGCGCAUCAACUCAUGACAGAGUGGAACGACGAUUUGGAGGGAAUGGAAGCGUUGGUGUUGGAGGGAAAGAAAUUUGUACGCCUGCCGGAGGAGGAGUUAGGGCAUUUUUACAGUGCGGAUUGUUACGUUUUCUUAUGCCGGUAUUGGAUGCCAUUGGACAUAACGGAGAACGAAGACGGCGAGGAGCAGUACGAAGACGAUUAUCAGUGUACAGUGUACUUCUGGCAAGGCAGAGACGCGGGAAACAUGGGAUGGCUGACGUUUACGUUUAGUCUACAAAAGAAAUUUAAAUCAUUAUUCGGCGAAAACCUGGAGGUUGUGAGGACGCAUCAACAACAAGAAAAUUUAAAGUUUAUGAGUUACUUCAAACGAAAAUUCAUCAUUCACCAAGGCAAACGUAAGCAGCCGAAGGCUCCAGGUAGUAACAAAGUGGAGUUUUAUCACCUGCGAAGUAAUGGCAGUGCUUUAUGUACUCGACUCAUUCAAAUACCGGCGGAUUCGACGUUAUUGAAUUCUGCUUUCUGUUACCUUUUAAAUGUGCCAUUCAACAAUUCCGAUGAAGGAACCGGUAUCGUGUACGCGUGGAUUGGAUCGAAGGCUGAUCCCGAAGACGCUCGUCUAAUCGCAGAAGUAGCAGAGGAAAUGUUCAACAACCCAUGGAUAAGUCUGCAAGUAUUGAACGAAGGCGAAGAACCAGACAACUUCUUCUGGGUGGCACUUGGAGGGAAGAAACCGUACGACACUGAUGCGGAGUAUAUGAAUUACACAAGACUAUUUAGAUGUUCCAAUGAGAAAGGGUACUUUACAAUCAGCGAGAAAUGCACCGAUUUUUGCCAAGAUGACUUGGCAGACGAUGAUAUAAUGAUCCUCGAUAACGGAGAACAAGUAUUUCUCUGGCUGGGUACUCGCUGUUCAGAAGUUGAAAUCAAACUGGCCUACAAGUCGGCUCAGGUAUACAUUCAACACUUGCGCGUGAAGCAACCCGAGAAACCUCGAAAGUUAUUUUUAACUGCCAAAGGUAAGGAAUCCAGAAGAUUCAUGAAAUGCUUUCACGGCUGGGGUUUACACAAGAGGCCGCCGCAGUAAAAUCGAGUCAGUGCUCACUACGCUUAACGUGUUCGGAGUUAGUUUUAUACGCAGGCAGGGUAUGACACAAGCGCAACAUUUUAUGUAGAACUAUAAUGCGUCGCGAUCUUCGCGCUUUUUUACUCGCGUUUCGUAUGCCGAUCAAACGGAAGUCAAUCCAUCACAAUAAUCCGUAUAUUCUCGAUGCGAACGAUCGAUUUAGAUCAAGAAACGCAAUAAUUUUUCACUAAACAACGAAUCUAACUAAUAAAGUUUACAUUUUCGCGUUUGCUUCUUUGCUUUCAACUUAUUGGAUAAAUAAUUUUUCACCGACCGCUUACUACGCGUCAGUCCGUUUGGUAUACGUAAUAUAAUUCAGAUUUCUAUUUAUUAGCACGGGCACUCUUUCGACUCAGUCUCAUUUUUCAACUCAAACAGAUGCAAGUACAAAGAGUUUUUUUUCUCUCGUAUUUUCAUCUUCAGGUCCAACAAGAUUUUCUCUCUGUGAUGCGAUUCUCUGCUGUUUUACACUAUGAAAGAGAUUCGUCUACCUUAAUCGUUAUAAUCCAUACUGUCCGUGAGACUUAUUUAUUUAUUUAUUCACAUAUAUUUCCGUAUUUAUGAACUUUCGUACAGACUAGACUAUGUAUCCGUUUUUUAUUUCACCCAAGUUCACGUUUCAGACAAUGUGAUAGACAUUUUUUAAAAAUCGUUCGAUGAAUUGUGAUACAAAUAUUUAUCGUCGAAUUAUAACGUCGAAAAAAAGGCUUUUUUUUUCUUUUUAUAGAGAAAUAUCGAUUCUUCUUUUAAGAAGAUCAGCUGUUUAUAUAGUUUUAAAAAGGUUAAAAUAGGAUCUUUCUACAAGUUUUCUAUAUUUGCUGUGUGUUUCCAGCAAAUGUUAUCGAAACUGUAAAUUUUGAGCAGAUUACCGGAAAUCGCAUUUGGAAAUUUGUGAAUAUUAAUCGAAGACUGAAAAGAGAUACGUGUAAUUAUAAUCACAUGUACACGUUUUUGAUUAACAUCGCCCGAUUGUACAGAUGCCAUAACGAGCAUUUUCGUAUUACUCUUACACUGUAUUUAACGCAAUUUAUUUAUAGAUAUAAUAUAUACAUAGAUUUAUAAAUACAUAGAUUUUGUAAAAGUUCUAUUUAACUUUCAA